CACAAGCGGCGCGCCUCGCGACGCGGUUCAGUGUACGUGCGACCGUUCUCGGCCGAGGACGAAUUGCCGCGUCACGCGCACUGCUCUGCUUAUUACGCAGUUUUAACUAUCGCUGACCGCGUGGACUGUAGUGAAACAACUUUUAGUGUUAUCCCUCUACUUUUAUGCCUUAAAACAGGACUUUGCACGUGUUAUACUCCCCCGAAGGAUCCAGUGAUAACUCUUAUCAGUGUGGAAAAGUUACAAAGUGUAAACAGAACUCUGGAGGACGUCUGAAUUUGGUUAUUUUUGGGACCUUCGAGCCGCUGACGACCUUAGACGAUAGUAUACCCGUUGUUCGAUGAUUUGAGCCACGUUACAAGGUUAUCGCGUCUCUAGCCCGCCAGUGAUGAAUUGGAAAAUCGGCGCGUAGUGGCUCACGUGGUCUGUGCCCCGCCCCCGCCUCGCCCGCGCUUAUAUUUAGCGAAAAUCGCCUCUCGGGAGCGGCCCGACGGCUGACGCUCUUUACGCACAUCGCUGUUUAUGAACGUUAGCGAGACGCCACACAUGUUAUUGGCUUCAAAUAAUAGAGCCGAUAAGCAGAAGACAGAUAACCUUUACGGAUCGCGAUCCGGGUCCGACGAUUCUGGAAAUAGAAAGAAAUCGGUAAAAAAAUCCGAAAGGAGAGCGCGUUGAGAUGCUAACGGCCGGUAUCGGCACGCGCCGGUGAGCGCUCGUAUCGACACACCUACCGAAAAAUUCCACUGGACGAGAUAAAGUAGGCAACAUGUCUCUGCAAGGGAGCGGUGGUUACCAGAGCCCGUGGUCUUCUCAGGGCGGCCACUCUGAGUUGGACGGAACCCUCGAGUUGGAGCCUCUAGGCGAGUUGACAGAGGUCGGAUUCGAGCCGCAAACGCGCGCGCGAUCCAACACGUGGCCGCUACCAAGGCCAGACAACUACGUCGAAGCGGCUGACGACACCGGCUCCAAGAAGAACUCCAAUCAGAAUCUGAGUGGUGCUCCCCCAUUGCCAACAACCACAAAGAAGAAUUCAUCCCGUAGGAAUGCAUGGGGCAACCUCUCGUACGCUGAUCUCAUAACACAAGCCAUCACCUCCGCACAAGACAACAGACUGACGUUGUCACAGAUAUAUGAGUGGAUGGUCCAGAAUGUGCCAUAUUUUAAGGAUAAGGGAGAUAGUAACUCAUCGGCUGGAUGGAAGAAUUCGAUCCGGCACAACCUGUCUCUUCACAACCGCUUCAUGCGAGUACAGAACGAGGGUACGGGGAAGUCGUCCUGGUGGAUGAUCAACCCUGAUGCGAAGCCGGGCAAGUCGGUGCGACGGCGAGCGGUUACCAUGGAGACGUCCAAAUUCGAAAAGCGGAGAGGCAGGGUAAAGAAGAAGGCUGAAAUAUUAAGAAAUGAAGCAACAGCCGACGCGACGCCGAGUCCCAGUAGUUCAAUAUCAGAAAGUCAGGAUAUGUUCCCAGAGUCGCCGCUGCACAGCAAUUUCCAGUUGUCGCCGGACUUCCGUCAGAGGGCGCCGUCCAACGCGUCGUCGUGUGGCCGCCUGUCGCCGAUCCCGUCAAUGAUCACGACAGACUCAGACUGGGGCACAGAGUACACCCCCGCCGGUGACUACACCUCUACCAGCGAUUACUCACAGACGGACUUCGGACAAGACGAGCUUGCCGGCUCCCUCGCCGAUUCCAUGAAGCUGGCCGGAACAGAUCCAUUCCUCAACACGUACGUUCCAACCACGACAUCCUCGUCUUCUGGGGGUACGUAUCGGUACAGCCCGUAUAGCGGGUGUCCGCGGCACCCGCACGGCGGCUGCGCGUGCGCCAACAUGUACACGCAUCCAGCGCACCCGGCGCACCCCACGCAUCCACACGCACUCGACCACUUCGCCAGGCCGCCUCCGCCCGGCGACUCCGCUGAUAUCAUGCAAAUAGAGAAUAAUCAGCCACAAAUGGUGACGACGUCGGACGCGGCGCUGAUGAAUGGCGGAAUGAUGGUGCAGACUGGAGCUACUGGCCCCAGCACGGUCUUGGGUCAGAUCGUGGGAGCGUUAAACACUGGGCUAUCAGAGGACCUUAAUAUUGAAACGCUCGAACACAGCUUCGACUGCAAUGUAGAAGAGGUGAUCAAGCACGAGCUCAGUAUGGAGGGCACCCUGGACUUCAACUUUCCACAGCAGCACAGCGGACUAGCCGCUGGCGCUGAGAGCCAGUUCGCUGCGCCCGCGCCGCCCGUACCCACGACGCUAUCGGGCGGCAACGGGCCUCGAGCACCGUACUCCGUCGCCCGCUCCUGGGUCCAUUGAGAGCCAUACUACCCAAUCUUUGGACCAGUUACCUACUUACAAGUUCACAUUGUCCCCUGUAAAUAUUAAUGUGACGCAACUUUAUCCUCUUUUUGUUACUUUCGCAUCGUAGUCGAGAUUUUUUUGUUCUUUUAUCAUGUUAACUAAUGUUAGAGUUUUAUUUAGUGUUAAGUGGACGGUUACCGAUCGUUGUUGCAGUCAAUUGUGUUAGUGUAGGCUUUAGUGCUAAGCUAGGUGGAAGCUUGUGAUAUAGAUAGGGUAUCGUAAUCUGAAUGUGGACCCUGGAGGGGGGCGGCAGAUGUGCAUCGCUGUUCGACGAAUGUUAAAGAUUGACAACCCAGUCAGAGUGAUCGCUGUUCCCUGAUCACGUGAUUCCUAGAGGGCACCUCACUGCCUCCUGUGGCGAUUCAAACAAUACAACGAUUCAUCACAAUUAUGAACCAAAUUUCGAGAAGACCAGUUCAAUCGUGGAGACUGAUAAGUGUUCUAAAAUUGUUAUUGGCAAGCAAAAUUGACGAUCAAAUAUUAAAUUACGUGUUAGACAUUGAAAUUAAUUUUAAGGUAAAUGUGACCUCGCGGUAAUAAUCAAUGUGUUUCGAAGAGUAAGUCUUGGCAUCGACGUGGAUAGAAGAUGGAAAAGUGGACUAAGUGUGGGUGAAUAGUGCGAUUCAACGCGUCCCCUGUACCAAAUUAGUGUUUAGUAUAAGUUCACACCACAUCUCAGUGUGAGGAGGCACAUCUGACUGAAUAUGGUUUAUUUCUGAAUGAUUUGUACAAAGAGUAUAUCUGUCUGAAACGAAUCUGUGCUUAAUAUGUUAUGUGGUAAAAUUUAUGCGAUUCGGUUUGUAGUGAAAAUGUUGCACGAAUAAUUGAUUCGACAAAUUAAAAGUUUCCCGCCAAUUCCAAAUAGGUACUAAAAUGGAAGCACUUUUACGGAUUUUUCUUUAUUUAACAAUUCACUCGUAAUCGUGCUUCUGUGAAAUUUUAUAUAAGUAGUAAAAAUUCAUAAACAGAACAAACCGUAGGUAAAUAUUAGAACUGGCUGGAAAUAUAAUUCUUUGCUCCACAUUUGUUAUUACCCCACAUAAUGUUAAUGUCAUACUAUGCGUUUCUAAACGAUACCGUUUGCCAAAAUCACAACAUUUAUAGACAAGAAUCUAGGGACUGAUUUUACCAAAUGGUAUUGACAUUUAGACGCAUAUUGCCUCCAUGUGUGCAUUAUAAACUAAGUUCUCUUAACAGCAAUGCGAACAUAAAUUGUUAUCUAUGUACCAUAAUGUAAAUAACAUAAUUUUAUAGUUACAAUUACCUACACGUGCGCCAUGUUAAACCAAAUACCGUUAUAGUAAUUGCUCAACGUUUAGACGCCAAAUUCGGAACGGACUUUAUAAACAACAAAGUAACAACGAACAUUGACUGAAGUAGGUUUCCAAUGGAAAAGUUUAACAAAUAUUGCUCCAAUAAACUUAUCCUCUAGCUGAUACAUGUCUCGAGUAUAAGUUACUUUUAAAACAUAACCUGUAAAACCAGGAGACGUUGCAAGUUGUGUCUUUGUAAAUAAUGCACAAACAAAAUCCGAUAUAGUCAAAUAUCUAGUCCCAGAUAUUAUAUUUUUCAGUAAGCUACUUUUUCAGAUAUACAUGUAAGCAGAAUUUUACUCAUAGAUAAGCAUUGUCGGGGGCUAGCCCGUGUGUAACCUAAACGUAGCAAAAAUGAGUUCAUUCUGUGAAUUACCUCAGUGGGCUGUUUGUGAUAGAUUUAGCCAAUAAGUGUUCAAUUUAGUACGUGUAUCGUAUAAGUCAAUUCUUGUACUUUUGGCGUCCAUUUAUAUAUUAUGUGUUACAAAGACAACAUUGAGUUUUGACUUUUGUAUCGUCAAUCGAAACGUUUAUUUACGCAUGCCAUUUAUUGACUUUCACUGCUUUUAUACUUUAUCGCGUAUAUUUGCAGCUGAAAUUGGUGCUAUAGAUAUAUUAUACUAGCGCAUUUUACCACUUGUUUUUACUUUUUUAAUACAAAAUUAAUACAUGUGUAAAUGACGUACAAAGAAAACUUUGGAUACGCUACAAUUACGUUUGUUACGCGGCUUUAUAUAUUAUUUAUACCUACAUUAAUUAGACAACAUUCAGAUUAGUAAACGCGAGAUGUGAGCACACAUUAUAAUUUCUAUAAAUAUGUAGAUAGGUAAUGAUUAAAUUUAGUUUUGUGUGACUUAAAGUCAGAGCGGUCAGUGGAUGUUCAACAUCGACCCUACCUAGGUGAUGGGUUUCUGAUAGUAACCAUUUGCCAAAUAUAAAUACGUAAAAUCCAAUAACAAAUCGAUUAUGAAUGUAUGUGUAAUCGAAAUUAAAUCGUUAGUUUGUAUAAUGAGUGUUUUAGACGAGUGAUCGAUUAGUCUCUUCGGAGGUAUCUCAUGAAUUAGUUAAGGAUGUUAGUUAAUAUUAUCUCCUGGUUGUUAAAAUGUAAUAUUUACAAUAUACAAUGUGACGAGGCGUAUUUUUGUCAAUCCAUGUGGUCAAUUAAGUAUGGACCGAAUUAAGUCAGUUCCAUUAAGGCCUAGCGUUAAUGUGAAGGAGUGAACUAAAUGUAGAUUGGUGUUGUGCUUUUAGUCUUGGUUUAUUUAAAGUAAUAGCUUCGUAACUUAGCGAUGUAUUGUAGAUAAUUUUGAACAAGAAUGAUAGAAAACUGCUGAAAACAUGUUGUAGACAAAUACUGAAAACGUUUUCCAUUAAUUUGAAAGCAGGUAUGAUUAUUUUUGGAAAAUGUAUAUCAACGCACAUGGAUUCUGUGAACGAGCAAAACAUGUACCUAAACAAGUUACAUCGAUUCUCUUAAACAAGUCUGUCAAAAGAAUUGAAACUUUAGAACAAUUGAAUAUUAUGAAGGCUACUAAGAAAAUGUUGAAAAUUAGGCGAAUAACUGUGACUAGAGGCACAAAGGAAAGCGUGUUGAGCGUGAACAACGCACAAGAUACGGAAGCGUAUCACUUGUUUUAGUUUAACAAACUCCUUACUGCGUAUGAGUGUCUUGUGGCACUGUCCACAUGUCAGUCGACGUCACGCACACAAUUUGAUCUAAGUAGAUUGAAUUUGUAUUUAAUAUGGAAAUGCGUAAACGCAUAUAGGCGCAUGCAAUUGCAAUUUUGUUUAUGCCUAUGGGAAUUGUCAUUAGUUUUUAAUAGAUAAUAUAUUUUAAUAUUAGGCCAUGGUUAUUACAUUGUUAUUGAUCAUGUUUGUGUAGGACUUGGGUAUGCGUCCCAUUGCAGAGAAACUUCUGUGUAAAUUAUUUUGUACAA